AUGGCCGACGUCGCUUUGCCGACCCUCGCCGUCGUCGGAAUCACGGUCGCCAGCGUCCUCGGCUUGCAGCUCGUCCUUGUCCUCGUCGGGUACCUCGUCUGGAGGCUCCUCGGGGCCAGGGCAAGGUCGAGCGAUCUUCACAAGUCGAGGCCGACGAGCGACGCCGCGCUCGAGCCGGUCAAGUCGCCUGCGAGCGGGCGAGCCAGCUUCUUGGCACGCUGGCUCGGAGCCAAUGUCGACAGCCAGAUCCUGUCGCCCGCCGAUCGAGCUUCCGGCCUCCUCAACAUCACGUUCGCCCAUCUGCAGGACCGCCUCUACCCGAUCACGGCGUCAACGAGUCGCGAGUACCUCGGCCUUCUCAAGUUCAACCUCGUCCUCCUUCUCGACUCGCCUUCUACGCCCCCGCUCCGGUCCACCUCGCGCGAGCGCGGCCUCCUCGUCCGACCCACCCUCUCGUCCUCCAACUCGCUGUCGUCCCUCGGCCCGACCUCGCCCAUCUCGAGCCCUGUCGGCUCCCCACCGGCCCUACACAGCAUCCUCAAGCACCACCCGGCCGAGGACGAGGACGCCCGAGGUCGUGGCGGUGCGCCGCGCGGGGCAGCGCCGGGUGGGGGGACCGUCGAGGGCAGCUUGAGCAGUCUGGCGCUCGGCGGCGUCUCAGCGAGCACGAGCACAACGGCUGUCGAUGGGUCGGAGCGCGCGAGCACGGCGGGCGACAGCGAGGCGAGGACGCCGGCGAGUGGGAACGCGGGCGGCAGGGGCACCCAGUUCAAGCGCAGGGUCGGGUUCGACACGUGGGGCGCGGGCGAGGAGCUCGCAGACAAGGCCAAGGCGACGGGAGGCGGUACCGGUGUCGCUUACUCGUUCACGCUCGCGGCCAAGUCGGCCGACUACUGCCGCACUCGAUGGAGCCGCACGUUCCUCGUCGCGACUGACCUCAACGAGUACUCGGUCAACGCGACCGAUUGGCUCUUGCAGUCGUUCGUCGAGGACAGCGACGAGGUCGUCGUCCUGCGCGUCAUCGAGCCCGGCUCGUCGGCCCACAACGUCUGGCGGGCGAGCAUGGAGGAGGCGCGAGACGAGGCCGAGAAGGUGCUGCACAACCUCAUGGAGAAGAACGGCGAGCGGAAACACAUCUCGAUCAUCGUCGAGUUCGCCAUCGGCCCGAUAGAGGAGACCAUCCACCGCAUGAUCGAGAUCUACAAGCCCGACUCGCUUAUUGUCGGCACCCGAGGGCGGCCCGACUCGCUCUUCAAGUCGGCGUUCAUGGGCUCGAUCUCGCGCUGGGCCGUCGCUCGUUCUCCGGUCCCGGUCGUCGUCGUCCGCCCCGACGCCAAGGUCCGCGAGGCGCUCGAGCGCCGCCUGCAGGACCACAAGCGCGGCCGGUCCUACGUCUCGCUCCUCACCGAGGAGGAGCGGCGGCGCUUCCUCCCGCCCGCGACCAACGCCAUGUCGACGACGACGACGCGCACGGCCACGUCGUCGACGGCCGGCAGCGCCGGCGGCGGCAGCGGCAGCGGGCUCGGGCCCCUGAGCGGCUCGGCGCUCGAGCGCAUCGUGACGGCGCCCGAGGCGCACAAAGCGCGCCGCGAGGACUCGGCGAGCUCGGCAGACAAAGGCUCGAGCAGCGGCGGCGCGAGCAGCGGCGGCGGCGGCAUCAUGGCGGCGCUCGGCCUCGGCAAAAAGAAGGAGAAGAGCAAGGGCCUCGAGUUCAAGAAAUUCGGCACUUUCAGUUGACGGCCGCCGGCGGCGACUGCGCGGCGGGCGAGGCGACGGCGGCGGGUCGCGAGAGCGAGGUCCGAGUGCGCGAGUGGUGCGAGUCGUCUCUUUGGUAGACCAGUGUAGCUCUAUUCCUUUCUGCUUUGCAACCUCCUUUCACUCGUC